UACCACGUCAAACUGAACUUGAAGCAAAAUUUAAUAUUAGUUUGCCAUAAUAUUUUCACAUAACCUCUACCCCAGAGCAAAAUCUGUGCAGGAUAAGAGGUAUAUUUGUUGGAGAUAUUCGGUUUGGCUUCAAAUCAGCUGUCAAGCGCGAGAGGGGCUGACUCUGCUCAGGCAGGGAAAAGGAGGGCUGAAUCUCCGGAAUCGCAGCGAAGAGUCGAGAAGAGAGGAUUAGACUACUCAUCGUCGGAGCUGUUGAAGUAAUGGCAGCAGACUGGUUUCUUCAGACAUCCCAGUGGAUAAGAACACAGGAUUUUUGUCCCUUGACCGUUUGUGGCUCUGCAUAAAUACUGCUCUUCCCAGUAUGCCUCAGCCUGGUGUAAACGGUGUGGAGCCCAUUUCUGGUGAGCCAUACAGCAAUUGCAAUGACCUCCUGCACCCAGAGCCACCUCUAGGGGGUAGUGCUGAGUCAGAACAGUUACCAAAGAGCGUGCUUCAGCUAAUGUUGGGAUCGUCUGUCGUUUCACAGAGGCAGCCGUUUGAGCUCCUCAGCGACUUGGUUGACGACAGCUUCAGCGAGGAUAUGCACCACGAGCACUGGGAUGUGUCUGAAUUAGAUGACAUAACACGCUGUGCCAAGGCAACCUUAAAUGGAGAGCUAGAAACCUAUGCUAGCAUGUGGGGUUGCAGGGUGAGCCCUACAGACGCCCAGUCAAAGCUCCUUCCACUGAGGGACACGCCUGGAUCGUACCCAGCUGCCCAGAUGCUGUAUACAGGGAUAGGAACAGUGCAAGAGCCCUUACAGAGUUUCGAUUCAGAAGCCCAGUGCCAGGAGACUGCACCUGCGCAUUUGCUGCAGCAGCAGGAACCUAUGGCGACCUUGGCUUCUUCAGCUUUGGAACACCACAGCGACGAACACAACUAUUCCCUGCAGACGGAGCAUGACUCAGACUCCAGGCAGACCUCUGACAAUGACUCAGACGUGGAGGAAGACGAGGAGAAGAGAGGUGACAGCGAAGAGGAGGAAGAGUCUUCAGAAGAAGAGGAUCUGUGUCUCGCGGGGUCUGAAAAUACAUUGUCCCCAGACUAUGAAGACCUAAGACAGAAGAAACAAAAAGAAUCUAGGAAUUUUUGGGAAUGCAGUGGUGGCAGUGAAAUGAAUACUACCAGAAGUGCCAUCACUUGGAAUUCAAGCACACUGCCUAGUACCCUGUACCAAAGAGAGGAUACAGCAGUAAAUGGUAAAAAAGGAGCGAGGAAAGCUCGAAAGACAGAUGCGAACGACCUGACUCCAAACCCGGAGAAGCUGCGUAAUCUCAGGGAGCAGCUACACAAACUGACCUCAGCCAUCGAGGGGAUGAGGCCCGUCUGCGACCUGCCGUUUAUAGCCAGGGCUCGCUCGCGAAAAGAGAAAAAUAAGCUGGCAUCUAGAGCCUGUCGUCUGAAAAAGAAAGCCCAGCAUGAAGUAAACAAAAUCAAACUGUGGGGAUUGAAUCAGGAGUAUGACAGCCUGAUGGGGGCGCUGUUGCAAAUCAAAGAUCUGAUUCGCCAAAGAGUGGAGAGCAGUGAAGAGGACAGUAAAGAUGGAAUGAGUAAGAGGCUGGAGAGCAUCCUGAAGAAGUCAGGGGGACCACGCGUGGCUGGCAGGGCUAAGGAGUUUGUGGAGAGGAUCUUGGAGAGUAGCGCAGAGAAACCACGUGCCAAGCAAACACAGAACGGUGCAAGUACUUCUCAUUUUCCCUAGUCAAAACCCCUUCUUUAGUGCCCAGUCACUUCACUUAGUAUUUGCACUGUUUAGCGUUUAGAGGUGAGUUACUAGGAUAGAUCCAAUAUUUUUUGACUUGCACAAUAAUUUUAUCUCCUGCUACUGUGCUGCUUCUGUUUGUUGUUUUUUUUUUUUUUCCUUUUUUGUGUGACUUCAUUCCCUGAAUCUUUAGGGGUUCAGACUUAGUACUGUACACAUUGUAACUGUUCACCGCAACCUAGCUGCUAUGAUACCGGAGUGUAUCCAAAGUUAUAUACAAUUGUACUGUAGGUAUGGUUGGAAUGUGCAUAAGUACUGUAUAUUUGUUAACCAGCGUGCCUGAAUAUGAAAUUAUACUGUUUGUAGCAGU